ACUUAGUGACAAAUCCUGAAACGUGUAAACAUUGAGUUUUGUGCAUUAUAUUAUUUAUUGGUAGCAAGAGAACUAAGUGGUUUCUUAGUUUUUAAAAUCGACCUAUAUUAAUGGACCAAGAAACGGUGAAGAAAGAGCAAAUGAUGGAUGACGAAUUUGGCAACACGUCUAUUCUUUUGGCAGCUCUUAUUAUUUUUAUCACUUUUGUGAUGAUAUUUUUUAUCAAACGCCAAAAAGCAAAAAGAAAUGAUAUCGUGCUGACCGGAACAUCUGAAUCGGGAAAAACACUCCUUUAUUCCUUAAUUAUCAGCGGAAAAGAAAUAGAUUCUUUCACAACGAUAAAAGAAAAUAUUGGAAUGCUGACGUUGAAGUCUAAAAUUUAUCAAUUGGUUGAUCUUCCAGGACACGAAAAAUUACGUUUAAGAUUGCUCGAUUCCUAUAAAGCUACUUCGAAAGCUCUUAUAUUCGUAAUUGAUAGUUCAACGAUACAGAAGGAGAUCAAAGAUGUGGCUGAUUUUCUAUACGCCAUAUUGGCUGACAAAGCUUUAUCAAAUAUUCCCAUAUUAAUACUAGGGAACAAGCAGGAUGAAACGAUGUCAAAAGGAAAAUAUAUUAUCGAACAAAUGUUGGAAAAAGAAAUAAAUCUCAUCCGAACUACGAAAACAAAUCAAUUAAAGUUUGAGGGUUCGCAAGAAACUAUGAAAUUCCUUGGAAGGCGAGAUAUGGAUUUCAAAUUUUCUCAUAUUUCACAGACAAUAGCAUUCGCCGAAUCAUCUGCUAAAAAUAAUAACAUAGAAGAGUUGAUAUAUUUUUUAAAUUCAAUUUAAAUGUGAAAAGUUUUGUUUGAUGGGUCGAAUUAAACAUAAUUGGAAAACAAAUUGAAAUCUUUUUGAAAUCUUGUG